UAAUUGAUUAACUAUGAUUAAAGCUUCUCCUGAAAAGCCACGAAGAACGCUUCAAUAUGUUGAAGAAGCUUUUCGACAAAUUGAAAAGAAGAAAAACAUCCGCGAUAUUGUUAUUGUUAACGAAUCGGGUCAUCCAGUAAAAAGCACAAUGGAAUUUAAGUCAUCUGUCAAAUUUGUUGGACUAUUUCAAGAACUUCAAGGCAGAAUAGAGCGAGGAAUAGAACACAUUGAUCCCACUGAUGAAUUGUUGAUGCUGCGGGUACGCACUAAAUCCCAUGAAGUUUUGUUAGUGCCAGACUCUAAAAUAACAAUAAUUGUAGUUCAAAAUGCAGAUAAAUAA